GUGACUAACAAGCAGAGAUCUGUCUCUCCCUCGCCUCAGAUGGCUCUUCCUGAUGUGUUUAAGGAAGCUAGGUCUGAGCGUAAGAGGUUUUCUACUCCUCAUCCAAGAAGGAUUGAAUCGGAGAAGGGGAUGAAGCCUAAGCUUUCUCAUAAGAACUCCUUUGACAAGAGAUCUUUCAACUUGCGGUCUCCUUCUGGUCCUAUCAGAGAUCUAGGCACUCUGAGAAUUCAAGAGAGGGUGAAGAGCAAGAAGGACACUGGGUGGUCUAAGCUUUUUGAUAAUACUGGCCGUAGAGUCAGUGCUGUGGAAGCUUCUGAAGAGUUCCGCGUUGAUAUGUCAAAGCUCUUCUUUGGGCUUAAGUUUGCUCAC